AUGCGCAAUCUGCGUUGUCAUGCCGGACACGCGUCCGUCGAUACUGCGGAGUUGGCUUUAAGUGCACUUUGGCCCUCUAAUCCGGUCAGUGUGUGGUUGAGACCAUCGUCACUGCGCAAAUCAUCCUCCUCCAGCAGCAGCAGCAUCAACAACGCCUGCCCCCCGCCGCCGCCCACACCGCACCAAGUGAACACCAGCAGCAGCAGCAGCAGCACUCCGCACCAGACACAGACAUCGCCACAUUCCCAGCAUCAGCAUCCGCAUCCACACCAUCCGCAUCCGCAUCCGCACCAGCACCAGCACAGACGCAGUAGCAGCUCCAGUCACACCAGCCACGCGGAAAACACGAGUAGCUUGGCCACGAAACCGGCCAUCAAUUUGCUCGGCAAUCAACUGCAGGUCAACUACUUCGAGUUCCCGCCCGCCACUCGUCCGCCGGCUUCCGACCAGCCACUGUGGGUCAGUCGCGGUCGCAACACAGCCUCCACCCCGGCCCUGAACUCCAACUCCAGCAACAGUUACAGCAACAUCCACUACAGCUCGGCCGUUGCCAAAGCAGCCGCCUCAACAGCUUGUGCACUUCUUGCCACGUGCCACGUGUCCAGAGACUCCCCCCAACAUCAGCAAUACCACCACCAACAGCACCAACAGCACCAGCAGGAAGAACCACAAACACCAAGCAGCAUGGGUCGCCGUGAGAUAAAGCGCUCCAACACCAGUGGCUCCACCACCAGAUCCUACGACAGCGGCAGCGCAACCACAAAUUUUGUUGGGAAAUUCACACAGAGCGUGCGGCGGAUCGUUCAGGAUGUGAAGGACGAGGGUGCGCCGAGUGGAAUGACCCGGGACGAGGUAAUCGAAACCAAUGAAAGGCUGCGCUCACUCCGACUCCGAUUGGAGGAGUCCUACGAGACGGCCAAGCAAGCGCUCAUAAACCUCAUGAACAAAUACGGCGACUCGAAGAGCCAGCGCAACAUGUUCCAGCGCUAUCCCAUGCUCAAGUUGAUGAUAAAGGAAGUCAUUCGGCUGGAGACCCAGUACUGGACCCUGGUGGACAUACCGCGUCAGGAGAAGCAGGAGACUGUGCCCUCGUACGUUAUGCGCGCCUGCUCGAUCAUGGAGAAGACCCAGAAGUCAGGCGAGGGGGUGAAAACGUCAGCCAAGCUGGCCGACGAGGCGGCCGAGCGGCGGGAGCGGAUGGAGCGAUUGGAACACAUGACAACGGCUCAAAUCGAGCACGAGAACACACAGCUGAUAAACGAUUUGUAUCGCCUGCUGAAAAAGUAUCUGGGGCUGCGGCAUCUCAUCCGAGUACUAAAGGAAGAGUACGGCAGCUCAAAGAUGUAUCCGAUAUUUCCACGCUACACAAUGCUCAAGGACAUGAUAAAGGGCAUCAUGCACGACCCCGACUACAUGGAGGUGUGUCACGAAACGCUGGCCAACGCCAACUGAGCCGAGGCCACCGGAAAUGGCAGGCGUCGCAUGAGUGUCAUUUGAGAAGGGCCUAAAACUAAUACAAAUACAAAUACAAAUACAAACAGCAGCAUACACAGGCGCACGACCUGGGAGUAGGAGUUGGAUGGAGUCCAAGUACUGAUCCGUGUGUAUGCUGUAUUCGCAUGCGAGUUUCUGCCAUUCCGGGAUGUUUUAGAAAAUGUUCAGCAACUUCUUUGAGGCUCUUAGUCUCGCGAAUGUGCGGGCGAGUGAGUAAAACCAAUCCUUUUCGGUAAUUUUAGCCCACACUCAAAGGCAAACCAUGACAAACUAAUCAAACAACUAACUAACAAACUAUGUACACCCGUACCCCACCACCUACCACCUACCACCACCUACCACCAACUGAACAUGUAACUAUUUACACUACUCAACAAAGAACAAACACUUGGAUACUCUUCGGUACUAGAGUGCCAGCAAACAAACUAAAAGGCAUUUAUUUUAAUGAACUUUUGAGAUACAAGAAAAACAAAACAAAACAAAACAACCAACAAGAUGCAAAACACAACAUAUUUGUACGUAUAAUGACGAAAGAAUCGCUCAAGGUGAAUUCUGAAGAAAAGCCGAACCGAAAGUGUAUGUAACUUGUAACUACAACAGUAAACUGAAAAAUGAUGAUAUACCUAUGAACGAGUACCCUAUAUGUAAUAAGCAAGAUAUAUAGUAUGUAUAUGUGAAAUAAUCAAACUAACUACAGCAACAGUUGAUUGGGAGCAUAAUUCAUUUCGGAGGAUAGAUUUUAUCUUUGUUUCGGCUGGAUUUGGCCUAAAAUGUUCUACUCUAAAGCGAACUGGUUGAUUAGACCUAUAUUGAAUUACCUAUAUUAUACGAGCCCUGUCCCUAGAUGUAUUACUUACCUAGUUAGACAAUAUGCGGGAAAUAUUCCCAAUCCAAUUGAUGUGGGCGAGUGCGAUAGCUCGUUACACCUUUUAAGGCAACACCAAUCCGUGGCGACAUGGAGCAGCCGAUAUUCUAGAUCUUAACGAAUGUUAACUCCUGGUUUUGCCGAAUGCUUUAAGUGUGUAUCAAAACGUUCAGCUUUAAGUCCUUCAGUCCUAUGCAACCCAGAUAUAAUUACAUCCACAUCUACACACUCAUAGGCAUUGCUUAAUGCGUGUGUGUGUGCGUGCUGGUAAUUUUAAGCUUUAAGAGAGAUAUGUGUAUGUAUUUAUGUAUGUGUUGUUGUAACUAACGUGUAUAUGUAGCUUUGUAACCCAAUCCAAUCCCUAACCAACCGAAGGACACAACGCAAACACUCGAAUACAAAAGACCAAAGAAAAACCUUAGACGAGCUUACAACUUUAUACGAGAGCUAGCAAUUCACAAUUCACAAUUUCCAUUUUCAUUUCUUUUAUUAUUUACUCGUACAGAAGAGCAGCUAGCAAGUGUAAAUUACACAAACUCGUAAUGAACUGACACAGACAGAAUCUUGAAGAAGCCUUUCUAUGUCAGAACAACAACCACAGCAACAACAACAACAACUACAACUAAAAACUACAACUACAAUUCUGACACGCCCACCGAUACACAGAGGAAAAACCAAGCAAUUUAUAUACACACAAACAUAUCUGUACAUAAGUAUGUAUAUGUAUGUACAUAUAUCAGUAUUGCAGAAUAUCAGACGUAGACUUCCCUCAAUGGAAGUUUAAUUGAGUGCAUAAAUUAGACGAACAAUUGUUUGCCUGCCUAUUAUAUGCUUCACGGAGCUCAAUUGCUGGUUAAUUUAUCCACUUUGUGACGGGGCAUCCUUUUAAUGACCCCCCCUUAACGCUUUAAAUUGAAAUUGAAAAUAUCCCUGCCCCAGCGGCCUUUCGGGUCAGAAGUGGAACCACAGCGGGAGCUGACCACAGAGCUGACACAGAGACAGAGACAGCCCAUUGAACAGCCCUGUAAAACUAAUUAUGAAAAGUAAAUCAAAAUAGAUAAUUCAGUGUUGGGAGAAAUAGCCUAGCAAAUUAAUUAAAUAUGCAGAACACCAUAUUAACUCAAUUCAAAUUCAUUUAGAGCCGGGUUGAGCCCGUUGUUUGUGUAGUUAAAUGUUGGUUUUGAUGGUAGAUAAUGAAAUUUCGAAUGGAGAUAAAUAUGAAUCAAAGUGGCAAGUGUUAUGUUGUAUGCUUCUUGAUAAAAAUAUAUAUACAUAUUAUAAAACUAAAUGAAUACACUAUAUACAUACAUGCAAUUAUAGCCAACUAAUUGUAAUGUAAUGUAAGCAGAUCAGGAAAUAAUGUUAUGAAACUUAAUCAAAAUCUAUUAUUAUUAACAAAUAUUUGUACGGCUGUCCAGCCCAGUGUAUGUGUGUGCGUGAAUGUUACCAUUGUAAGCGCAUUGCAAUAUAGGAUAUAGAGACAACAGUUGGGCGAUAUUGAUAUUGAUGCAUACCCACAGAGACGACAUACAUAUGAACUAUACAUGGUUAUAUACAUACAUACAUAUAUAUGAUAAUGGUAUUCGUAUUAUUAUACAACUUAUACACGAUAAAAACACGAUAUACACUUCUACUUUACUGCAAUGCCCGAAUGCGGGCAACGAGAGCAGUCAGGAUGGGCAGUCAGUAGUCCUACAAAUCAAAAACUUCGUACAAUUUUACCUUUUCAACAUCUCAGUGUCUAACAAAAAGCAUUAAAUGUAACUCCGCAAUGGAAGCUACCAAUAUAUUGGAUGUAUAAUUAAAUACGAGUAUAUGUGUCGAGACACGCUAUAAUACGAGCAAGUCGAUAAAUAUAUUGAUAUUCAAACGGA